ACCUUUACCCCGGUCCCACUUGGAAAGCCCCGACACGGUUGACAGGCUUUUAUUAAAAACUCACUCAGUGACACGUUCCUGUUUGCAGUAGCCUCCCGUAAGAUCCUGUUCGUGUUACAUGUAGCUUACCUGCGCAAACCAGGAUAUAACAUUUGCUACGUGUAGCUUGCUCCAGGCAGACGUGAACUCGGUAGACGCACACUUGUGAUUAUAGCAACCUUUACACCACAUUGUUUAUCGAAGUCUUGAGAAGCUGAGAUGCAAGACAACUCAUCUUUAUCAUCAUUUCGUUUGCAGGUUUUUGCUUGCUUCGUGUCCACGCUGUCAGCUGCAACAACAAAAUAUCAACUGAGGCUCAAAUGUUAUGCUUCGUUGACCAGGGUAUCGAAACAGACUUGAAGAAAAUCGAUCUGGUUCACACCCUGCUUGAUUUAAAUGUAGCAGACACUUGCAGAAACAAGGAGAAAUACAAGCUUGCCUUCCGUUGUGCUAUCAACAUCGAUAAACAGUGUUCAUCGGAGCUGGAUACUUUGCCAGAUGAAACCAAAGUUGCUCAAGGUAUCGACUUCCUCUGCCAACAUGCGAAUGAUCUUGAUGAAGAAUGUCUGCAAAGGACGGGUGAUGAAAUAAAGGGGUGUGCUGACAUUAAGACAUUGAGGAGGUUCGUAAGAGCUGAUCCGACAGAUUUGACAAGCUCAACCUGCAGCUAUUUUCAGACUAUCUAUGACUGUACAAAAGAGCAUCGUCAAGUUUGUUCCGGCAACACUCUUCAAAUAGUUCUGGAGGUCCUCAACGUCUACUUUCGUCCGCCUGCAUGUUCAUCCUUUGACAACAGUACAAACAAUGAAGGAAAUCCGUUGACAACUUUGUCCCCAUCCACCAUUGCACCAACAUUAACCGGAAGGAUGUCAGAAAAUUUCGUGAACUGCUCCAGCAUAUACAGUAUUCAGGAAUCUCAAAAGGAAUGUUUCAGAAGGGAAAAUUUUACUAUGGAAGUACCCGGGGUCGAUGCAAGACAAACAAAGCGACUUUUAAACGACGCUUCUCCACUUGGCGCCGACAAUCUUCAGAAUGCAUGCCGUAAUCUGAGGGGCUACGACAGAGCCUUAGAGUGUGCCACGGAGGUUACACAAAAAUGUCUGCCACUCUUCGCAAGCUACAUUCCAACUGCCAGAAGUACAAAGAUGAUGUAUAAAGAGCUCUGCGGUAACAUCAGUGUGAUUGAUUUUGAGUGUCUAAAGUCCGCAAGUUCUCGCCUGUUUGAUUGUAGCUACAAGAAGGGUUUUGAGAUUGGACGUAAGGGCUCAUUAACAAAUAUACUUUGCUUGACCUCUACUGUCACAGUAGAAUGUUUCCUUGAAGUGUUGCCCCCCUGUGGAUGUCUUAUGACAAAAUUAUUUGUGGAGACUUUCAGGCUUUACUUAACCCCAUCUGCCUGCACCCCAGUCUCCGUUAAGAUUCCAGAAUGCAACUCAGACAUGGAUAUGUACAUGUGAUGUUGGCGAUGACUACAUCAGUGACGACGGUGCCACGCUACCAACAGACAAGGUCCUGGCAACAAGCGUUCACUUCUUUCUUUGUCUCACUUUUUCGUGUUGCUUUUACAACUUAAAAUCACAUGCAAUCUUACUGAAACCGACUGCCAGUCUGUAUUAAUGUCACACCAGCAAACCAUACCGCUUUCACAUUGCCAUUUACUUGCUCAACUCUACUUGCCGUGAUCUUCUACAAGUGACCUAAGGUUACCAACUGCAGUUGUGUGUGUGCGUGUGAGAGAGAGAAAGGAAUUAUUUCAACAUGUAUAUGUAUGUACAUUGCUAGUACAGAAUCUGUCUGAAAUUGCCCUUGUGAAUAAAUAAAGUUGUAUUGUAUUCAGAACAUACUAUCUACAUGUUUACCCUGGAUAACAAACGGUUUUCUUGACACGACCACGAGAGUGUAGGGCUGGAAGUUACUCCAGCCAUGCGAGAAUCAUUUACUUCUGACACGAACUUCUAUUACUGGACUGCUGGCAGACGAUUUUCCAGUUAACUACUAAAACGAGGCAUGAGACCACAAAGCUUCCUGUUUAGUCAAAUUCUUUGUUACGGCUCGCCGAGACUAACAGCGGAUCACUUCGCAAGCGUUGGUCUCGGCAGACAGACAGCAAUCAACCUAUACACGUCCAUGCUUCUGAUUUUGUCAACGCUUGUUGGGAUUUCCCGUGCCUGUUGAUCAUCGUAACAUCAGCGGAGUUAUCAAAUAUCAUUCGCAAGGGUGACGACUACCGACUCUCACACCAAGCCUGUUUCCCACCCAAGAUACCUCGGGGCCGUGAACUAUACCCCCUGGGGUGACUUUGGAGUUCCGUCGUUGAAGUGUAUUCACUGGUGUGAGAAGUGUUUAUAGUUCAGGAUUUAUGUGAUUUUGUAUACAUAAACAUUAUGUACUCAGUUGUAAGGGAAGAUAAUUUAAGAAUAAAAACAACAGAGAUGUUCA